AACCCUGUGGUGUAGGUUGCGUUGGUGUGCACAUUUUACUGAGGAGGAAACCGGCUCCACUGGACAAGUCCAUUUGCUGCUGGAACACGGUACAGCUGCCCUUAACCCAGGCCUAACGGCCCCUUCCCCAGGCGCUGAAGGGUGGGCCUCUAGAACAGUAGCUAUCCCCAAUUCACUCUUUCUGUAUCCCUUUCCCCACAGUCCUGUUACUUCCCUUUCUCACUUCCCUUGCCAUGACCUUCCUCACCACGAUUGCAUCAGAAAAGAGGAGGGCCAGAGGUUAAAUUAGGAUGGAGGAUGAAGCAAUUACCUCCAUGUCCCUCCCCCACUGGGAAAUACUUCAGCCGUGUUCAGCAACCUCUGAGGUCCAGCCUAUAAUUGUAGUAGAGAAUCAGCCUUUUACAAAUAGGGAAAGGGAGAUCUCUGAAGUUUAACUGCUCUGCCUAAGAUCACACACUUUGGACGUUUGUCUUAUUCCAAAUCCCAAUGCUUCAUUUCUCCCCAUUCCUCCAACAGCCUGCUUCCCCUUUCCCUGCGGAUAAAGGCAGGUCUCCUCUGGUGGGACACAGUGCUCGACAUGACGGCCCACGCGCAGGCUUCUGGGUGGCUACUGCCACCGCUGCUGCUGCUGCUCACCUUGCCAGCCACAGGCGCCGACCCUGUACUCUGCUUUACCCAGUACGAGGAGUCCUCCGGCAAGUGCAAGAACCUCCUGGGGGGAGGUGUCAGCGCUGAAGACUGCUGUCUCAAUGCUGCCUAUGCCUUCCAGGAGCCAGGCAGUACAUUCUGCCAGGCAUGCAGGUAUGCACGAUGGUCACCGUGGUCUGGGUGGAGCCCCUGCUCAAGGAGCUGCUCUGAGGGCUCCCAGCUGCGGCACCGACGCUGUGUUGGCCGGGACAGGCAGUGCUCGGAGCAGGUAGGACCUGGGAUGCUUGAGUGGCAGCUUCAGGCCUGUGAGGACCAUCUGUGCUGUCCUGAGAUGGGUGGCUGGUCUGAUUGGGGGCCCUGGGGGCCCUGCUCUGUCACCUGCUCCAAAGGGAUCCGGACCCGCCAACGAGCUUGUGAUUCUCCUGCCCCCAAGUGUGGGGGCCAAUGUCCAGGAGAAGCACGUGAAUCAGAGCCUUGUGACACCCAACAGGUCUGCCCAACACAUGGAGCGUGGGCCUCCUGGGGCUCCUGGGGUCCCUGUCCAGGCUCCUGCCAAGGUAAAGCUCAUAUGCCUUUGGAGACACGAAGCCGCACUUGUUCCUCGCCUGAGCCUUCCACGAAGCCUCCAGGGAAGCCUUGCCCAGGCCUAGCCUAUGAGAAACGCGCCUGUACCGGCCUGCCACCCUGUCCAGUGGCUGGAGGCUGGGGGCCAUGGAGUUCCAUUAGCCCCUGCCCGGUGACCUGCGGCCUUGGCCAGACUCGAGAGAAUCGGGCCUGUAACCAACCCCCGCCCCAGCAUGGAGGUGCUGUCUGUGCUGGUGAAUCCACGCGGACCCACAUCUGCAACAGGGCCGUGCCCUGCCCUGUGGAUGGCGAGUGGGAGCCCUGGGGAGAGUGGAGCACCUGCGGCCGUGGGAAUGUGAGAAUUCCCAACUGCGAGGAAAUCCCAGGCCAGCAGACACGCUCGAGAGAUUGCAAGGGCCGCAAGUUUAAUGGUCAGCGGUGUGCUGGGAAGCAGCAGGAGAUCCGGCACUGCUACAACAUCCAUCGCUGCCGCUGGGACGGCUCGUGGUCAGAGUGGAGUGCUUGGGGCCUGUGCACCCCUCCUUGUGGACCCAAUCCCACCCGUGCCCGCCAGCGCCGCUGCAUAGCUCCUCUCCCCAAGUUCUCGCCCACUUUUUCCAUCGUGGAAGGGCAAGGCAUGAAGAAUGUGACCUUCUGGGGGACAAUGUGGCCGAAGUGUGAGGAGCUGCAGGGGCAGAAACUGGUGGUGGAGGAGAAGAAGCCAUGUCUACACGCACCUGCCUGCCAAGACCCUAAGGACAGGAAACCUUAACACCUCUCCCUUCAUCUCGGACCCCUUGCCCUCCCAGACUUCAAUAAACCAGGCACUUUGGGCUCUUC